UACGGGCUCUGCUGUGUGGGUGGGUGUAGUACCGUAGUGUGUAGAUGAAACUGAAAUUGUAAUGACUGAUGGUGAUGUGGAAAUUGUGUAUCAAGUACUACAGUGAGUGUCCGUCAGCAUAAUUACCUGUCGUAAGUCAUCCAAAUGGCCAAUAGGUAUCUAUACUACUAGGUACAAACACCGUCCUGUCCGGUUCGAUACUUAUGUCGGUGAGUCGUGCAAGACUCCUCGCGAGUGUAUCGACGAACGCGGGUGCGCUUCGUUGGACGAGUACUUCUUCAGGAUCCCGGGCGACCCCGCGACCAACCCAAGGCGUCAGAGCGCCGUCGAUAUAUAAAAAAUAUUCUCUCACUCUUUCUCCCCUCGUUGAGGGACAGACGGCCCAUUAACCUCUUGUUUCCUGUGUUACCGUCGUCGAGAUAAAUAAUACUCAUCACACCCAUCAGCAAAUUGGAGCAGAAACCGCGAUCAAGUAAUAAAAUACUUGCAUCGGCGAUGCUAAUCCGAACACGUGCUUCAAGCUUCCUGGCCCGACGAGGACGGUCGCACCAACGUCACAACAGCUCAACAACACCACCCGGGGCUCUUGAUGCCCGUGGCCGUUGUUGUUGCUACAUACUUAUUUUAAGCUCUGCUACUGUUCAUCGCAUUGGUAUUAGGCAUUGUGGAAAAGGAAGUCAUUGCACCAUCGGUGACAAUUAAGAUACGUGACCAAGGCCCCGAGGGCGUCCGUCCGUCCGUCCUCUCUCCCUCUCCUUUCAGCAUAGCAGCUCCGAACUUCGAACCGAGUCAGUCCAUCUCUCUUUCUCCGCGUGUCCCCCUCACAUUAGAAGCCAGUCGAGUAAACUUUCUCUUUAGCCUACCUCCCCUCCGCUCGCUCGGGCUAUGCCCCCUACCUGGUCGAGGACGACUCUCCGACGACCUGACGCCGCUGCAGCGGCCGCCACGCGGACUCCCAGCCACGCGCAGCUCCGCUGCUGAGCGAGCCUCGCCGCUGUCAUCGACGCCGCGGCGCGACUCCCAGAGGAAGGGCCGGCCGCCAUGAGCAGCUGGACCGAAAGGAUGCAUCGACGUGCGGCUACCCUGGGCAACGUGGUCACGAGCUGUGGACACCCGUCCUCGGUCUCGCCGUACCCACGACGAUUAGACAAAGUCAAGUUUGGUGUGCCACUCGACGAAGUCUGCAAAAACGACAUACCUGGACCUCUACUGGUUUUGAUAUUAAAGCUCAAUAAGGAAGCACCGUCGCGAAAGGAUGUGUUCAGGGCACCGGGACACCAAGGCAAUAUGAAAAAAUUAAUUCACUUUCUUCAGACUGGACGCUUAGUCAAUAUGGAUAAUUUCAGUGUUUACACGAUAGCUAGUGUUUUAAAAAAGUUUUUGCGCAAAAUUCCCGGUGGUGUUUUCGGUAGAGAGGGAGAACAACAACUUUUUAGAGUGAUACAAUUAGAUAGCAUAGAACAGCAGAGGGACCAGGUACACAAGUUGAUUACUUCUCUACCAAUCCACACUCAGCGACUACUAGUUUUGUUAUUUGGAACAUUUAGAGUGGUGGCGGUAAACAGUGAAAGAGCCAGAACAGGCAUGACUAGUGAAGCUUUAGGUGUUUCUGUAGCGCCUUCUUUUUUUCAAAGUUGUGUUAGUGACGGAAAGACUGCAAAAAUGGAAGAUGUACUCAGAUUCAAGGUUGCCACAAGAGUUAUGAAGUUUAUGAUAGAUAACUUUGGAGUCUCCAAUUUGUUUGGGAGAGAAAACUACGAAUUUUAUGCGCGAAUCACUGGACGAAUUCUAAAAGUGGAAGAAGACUGGAUUUUUAGCUUCCGCUAUCCUCCUGAUUCAUUAGUGUCACGACAAUUGUCGCUAGAAGCAGAAAAGACUUGGUUACAAUAUGAAUGUGAGAGAUGGGGCCUGAAGUUUAAUCUAGAAUCCAUGUCUCAUCAAGAGGAGUCGCAAUCGACGCCGGCAUUAAUCCACGUACCAGAAUCCCUAGAACUGAACUCGUCACUUGGGAUGAUACCAGAAAACACACUUCUGGAAAGUUACACACGUCUUUCUGUUAGUUUAGAAGAAAAUGGGUUUUUUCAGGCAUCCAGCCGUUCGUCAAGCAACGGCAGUCACAACUCUCGUCACCCAGAAAUGACGCUCGACGAACUUCGAGCAGUAAAUCGUUAUGCGGAAAGCACAAAGAGUCUCAGCUAUUUGCCCCAGGUACAUGAGAGACAAACCGCACGCAUGCGAACUAGGUCGGACUGGUUUCUUACCCCUGUUGGCGAAAGACUGGCUGCGACAGAUAGCGAUCCGACAGCGAUGCAUGUUCUUCGCGGCUCAAACCGAUCUUCGUCCGGAAACAUCGCAGCCGGGCUAAGUGCGAGCGCCGAAUCCGUGAAGCGUCCCAGCCUGCGGCGGAACUCGUCCCGGGAAAAGUCGCGACUGCAUCGCAGCUCGUCCCGGCGCAACAAAGAGAACGGCGGAAAAGCUCGCGGUGCCGGCGCUGAGAACACAUCCAAGUCGCGCUCCCUCGAGACGGUGAAGGCAAAAGGUGCGAGGGUUACGAUAGAUCAGCAACCGGCUGAAAAAAUCAUCAAGAGCAGCGACGAGCUGCUACACUCUUCGCAAAACAAUAGCAGCGCAAAGUCUCGACAGCAUCAUCAUCACCAUCGCCACCAGCAAUCCGAUACAGCAGCGUCUAUCGGUCCACAGGAUUGUACGGAGAUGGACGUGCAAACCUUUCACGUUACCCUCACGUACAAGCCACGAAUAUAAUUUUCCUUCUUGUGUUCGUCGUCACCCAUUAGAUAUAGCGCCGAUCCGAUCGCACAUCCCCCUUUUUUUUUACGUUGCUUCGAUUCGUUUAUUUUCAAUCAUAUGCUGUUUUGCCACUGCUACUGCUGACGCUGCUAAUACUUUCCAUUAUACCCAUAUAGAGUUUCACUCGUAACCGAUCGCUUUUUUGGCGUCCUGCGAUAUAUAUACAUAAAUAUUUUAUUUAUUAAUCCAUACGAAAUUCUAAGAAUUUUAUAUGUUUCAUAAUUUUAUCAUAGAAAUACUGCAAUUAUUG